GCCGCGAGCGCCGCCAGCCGCGCCGAACAUUAUUUCAUCAUAUCGGCUCGGUGACUCAAAUCAACUGUUACGACACACAAAAAACAGACACAGUACAUACACAGAUAAAAUACAAUUAUAAAAAAUGUAGAGCUCGAAGAUCUUAAAAAAUGGUUGUGUCUCUAGCAGAAAAUUCAGUGAUUUCGCAGCCGAGUCGAGUGACAGCUUGCGUAAUCUCUGACGUCACUGCGGACAUAGCCAUGUUACAGGCGAAGUCUCGGAGAGCUGGUGUCCCGGGCAGCUGAAGACGGUACCGACGGUUACAUGCCAACCAUAUAGGAGAGAGAAAAAGACUGACUAGUAUAUAUUACAGUCAAGUCGAUUCCUCCCCCCGACACGACUGACAUAUUAAAAUAAUGUUCUUUCUUCAAGUCUUCAUAAUAUUUCGGCCGCAGUUUUCAGCUCCAACUGUAAUUAAAAUAUUCAACGUAAGUACGACACGUGCGCGAACUCCUAACUGCAAGACGUGAGUCACAUGACAAAGCAAAAGAAAAAAUAUGACUAAUUGUUCUGUAACAGCGCACAACCGCACGCAGACCGCGUUUGUUAACGUAAUAACUUUUUGGAACGAAUGAUAAAAAGUCGCGAAGUAGCUACUCAACUACGAUACGGAAGUUAAAAAAGUAGGUCGCGAACAUCUCACAAAUUUUUUAAACCGAAUCUAUCUUCAGUAAAACUCACUUUAAAGUUGAAUAAAGUUCACUACUAGUCCCUAUUUCUAACUAACUGUAACGCGCCUAACUCCAACGAAAAAAAAGAAAUAAAAAAUUGUUCAGCUAAAGUUAAACUGGCACUAGGGUCCUAAGAGUUCGGAGCGCACGACCGAUGCGGAUGGCGACCAAAGCGCGAAUGGCGGCCCGUAGCGGAGAGCCAUGGCGUUUGCACCAAGAGGGGCGCGGCACGGGGCGCGGGGAGGGGGCACGGGGCGGGCUGCGCGCGCAGAGAAAGGACGCGAGUGGUGAUGUAAUCGCGAUCGAUGCACUCCAAGCCACCUCGCGCCCACCGACCGACUAUGAGAAACUACCUGACAUAGGGGGGCACGCACUUUAAUGGCAUAGCUGCUGCAUUGCGCCGUUGAGUACUAGAUAGUACCUACGUUGAAUAUCGCUAGUGACGCAGUUAAUUGUGAUAAAGUGUAAGAUUUGCUGAAUUCAACGAUGGAUGAUGAACGAGCUUUGGCUAGGAGAUACCAGGUCAGUGACCGUUUUAUACACGCGUGCAAUAUUUUACGUUUAGUCACAAAGAAAAUCGUGUGGUGUUGAACGGUGGACCGCGGUGGCGUCAGCUCUCGUACUAAAAGAAUAGGAUCGAGUUAGAAUGGCUUAGAACAAUAUGUGGUCGAGAUAGUGGUCGCUUGAUAUUGAUCAGUUGGCUUGGCGCUGAACGGGGCGCGCGCUCGUCGUGCUCCGUCGUGCGUUUCCGUAGCCCCUCGGCGUCUAUGUAGGUCACACGUGUAAGCGUUAUCCCCACCGAACCGGCCUUGGCUUACUUUGGACCAAAUGGCAUAUCUCCUCCCCUUCUCCUAGGGCUCCGCAAGACCGCGACUCGGUACUGCUACCACCUAUUGCUAGUACAGGGCUCUGACCAACAGGCACUUGGUACUAGUGUUAGACCUCCGCCGGUCACCUAGCGACGAUGGUCGGUUCACACCCUAAUGGUGACGUUUCGGGCACCUACACAAAUCCGCAGCGACUCACAUGACAUCAUGAUUGCCUACUUUUCAUGACUAUAUAGCUAUUACGAUUAUUUACUAAUAUGUUUUAAUUACCAAAAUAUCUCAUUUAAUAAGGUGAGAGACAAAGAUAAGGAAUGUGAGUGCUCUCAUAAUCCGAUUUAAACAAAAAAGUCCAAAAUAAAACAUCAUUUCAUUCAAAAGUAGUUUGUAAACAAUUCCUACAGUUUUGUAAUAAAGCAAAAGUAAUAAAUAUGAUAUAUUAUUAAUUGAGAGUAGCGGGGGCUUGUACAGAGGCCUGCGUACCGCGCAUGUCGCAAGUGAGCGACCUCAGCGGCGCAUUGCGGCUCUAACGAUCUAAGUCAGUAUCUACGGGCACGGCAGCCCAACGCGGCCCCCUUCGCAUAAAACUCGUUGCUGAUGAUGAAAACAGCAAUUCGGCCUCGUUGUAUCUAGGACGGCACCCAAAAUAACUAGGGCACCGUUAAUGCGCAGCUGGCUAACGCCGAGCGUCCAAAACAGUGAGAACCGCGACAAACGGCGUUUUCGAUCCGCGACCAACAAAGGGCGUUUUCCUAGUUGCGCGCGCAGCCAAAGUUCCGUAUACGAAGGCAGAUGCCGCUGCCGAAAUCGACCUCUCAGCGGGGCGUUCGUGCAAUCUCUAGUACACGGUUAAUUUAUUGCUCCGCGGUGAUAGUUAUUCUAAAACAUUGUAAUACGAAUAAAAACCAUUAGUGAUCGCGUUUUUCGGUUCGUAUCGUACUCGCGGACGCGGAUUCGUCGUAGUGAAUUCGCUAGAGCCUCCGAAUAUCUGGAGGCGUCGCGGUGGUGCGUACGCCAUCUUGUCCACAUCGGUGCCGCGCCGUGGCGACGACCAACACCCUGCGUCAGGCUUGGCUGUUACUGAUAACAAAUUAACUGCAGUAACUAGCUGGCCUUCUAAUUACUGAAUUUGAAAAGUUUGAUGGUGAAUACGCUCCAGCAAAUAAGAGCUAAGAUGGCGAGGCGCCCGUUGAACAAAUAUGACUCGCCAAUGUGUCCCUGCGAGCUUGAAGCUCCCCGUGUCGUCUACGAAUAUAAUGUCGAUACCCCAUGGAUCACAUAUGAUAGCUCUGAUGAGGAUGAAGCCAUAGAGACAGCCGCCGCUGCGAUGGCGAUGAGGGCGUCAGUGUACGCCGCCACGGUAGAGUCCGCUACCUUGGAAAUGUCAGGGAGCGCUGACGAAGGCGCAACUGCUGGACCCUCCUCCGCAUCGCAGGACGGUGGCUCACCGGCUGAAUACGAGUACAGCUCCGAUGAGGAUGACAUGAUUGCGCCGGAGCCAACGCGCCGCAGCGCCCACGCCGGCUCUUCCCGCAUGGCUCGGCAGGUCACACACCAGGGCACCAUCCGUUAUGGGACAUAGCCCUCGAGUUGGCCUUAUCCGAGAAGAAUCGCGACGGCAACUCAGUAGCCGGGGGCUUAGUUCGAGAAUCUGGCAACCUUUGGUCUAGGGAGGUUGGUGGCGGCAGCAGAAGACGGGGUCAGGUCGCGGAAUGGUUCCUCUUGACACACUAUCCUCGGAGACAUCGCACACCUUCCAGCUCGUUCCCUUAGCAGGCGGAGAUUAGUGGCAUAUGACUGAUGCCGCCCUCCGGCCCAUCCGCCGUCGGUUCAUAUGCGGAUGAUGCGACGCCCAGU